GGCUCUCUGCAAAGCUGCCAUGUGACAUUUUGGCUGCCGGAGCCUCGUCACAAGGUCAAAGGGCCUCUCUGUGUGCGUGUCAUGGAGAGCAGCCAGCAGCAAAGACAGAAGCAGCAGCAGCAGCAAAGCUUCUCGUUGCGUGCUGCCUUUGCUUGCAGCAAGCAAUCAGUGGAGCACAAGUUUGCCGCAAGUAAAAGCAUUUUCCCCUGGAUGAAAGAAUCCAGACAAGCCAAGCACAAACCCGACAGGAGACGUACAGACCUUGGAAGUCCCACCAGCACCAGCGACUCUCCCAGCUCCAGCACGCCGGCGUGCAAGCGCACUCGCACGACGUACACCAGCGCACAGCUGGUGGAGCUGGAGAAGGAGUUCCACUUUAGUCACUACCUCUGCAGGCCACGCCGGCUGGAGAUGGCCGGCCUGCUCAACCUGGAGGAGCGGCAGAUUAAGAUCUGGUUCCAGAACCGCCGGAUGAAGCAGAAGAAGGACGAGAGGCUCCUCCAGCAACAACACGCCUCCGCCUCGCCCUCCUCACCCGGCUCAUCGCCCUCCGCCUCGGGCAGCCCCACUCUGUCCAGCCUGGGCUACGUGCACUUGGGCGGGGACUACCAGUCGACCUCACUUCGGCUGGAGUCCCAGCAGCAGUGGUACGAAUAUCCCGCACACUACGACACGCAUAGCACCGCUCAGGCGCAGAACCCAAAUGAAGAUUUUCAUUAUUCGUGCAGCCCUCAUGACAGAAUCAUGCACGCUCCAAAACUCACGCAUUUGUAAUUGUACUUCCAUAUACAUGCAUGCACUUUUAAUAUUAGCUAUUAUUGUAGCAGCAUUAGACAUGGAUGGGGCAAUUAUCAAUGUGAUACAAGAACGAGCCCCCCCCCUCUAGUGGUAAGCAAAAGACUCACCAAUUCAGUUGUAUUUAACUUAUUUAGUGUAACACAUUUGCAUUAAAGCUUUAAUUUAUUUUUGGUACAAUUUGCAUUCAAAUUACUUGCAAUACAUUUAAAUGAAAUCAGUUUAGCUGCAUUUUUUUUCCUAUUUUAAGCUCUCUGUCAAAGUUCAAACUGCAUAAUGUGUGGCUUUCAAUAAUAUUAAACAUACUUGUCACUUUUUAAAAGAACACUUAGGCCCACUACACAACUGUAUUUAAAUGGUGGCCAUGAUAACGAUUGGAAUUUAUUUACUCUGACAUAUUUCAUUAAUAAAAGUAAGAGGAUUAAAAUUCGUUUUUAAAAAAAAUUAUUCACAUUACCACUUAAUUACAAGGCUUUAAAAAAAAAAAGUCAGUAUGUGAUAAGAAUACAUUUGACAUGUGAGAAGAGUGUCAUUGUUCUUGUG